AUGGACACCCCGGAAAAUGUCUUUCGAAUGUUUGAAGCUCAUAUGCAAAGCUAUAAGGGAGAUGACCCACUUGGAGAAUGGGAAAGUUACAUGCAGUGGGUGGAAGAAAAUUUUCAUGAAAAAAAAGAAUACCUGACAACAUUAUUAGAACAUUUAAUGAAGGAAUUUUUAGAUAAGAAGAAAUACCACAGUGAUCCAAGAUUUAUCAAUUACUGUUUAAAAUUUGCUGAAUGCAACAGCGAUCGCCACCAGUUUUUUGAGUUUCUAUACAACCAUGGUAUUGGGACCUUGUCUUCUCAUCUGUACCUAGCCUGGGCUGGGUACCUGGAAAGCCAGGGGCAGCUGCAACAUGCCAGUGCCGUCUUUCGGAGAGGAAUUCAAAAUCAGGCAGAACCCCAGGAGCUGCUGCAGCAACGGUACAGAUUAUUUCAGACACGUCUUGCUGAAGCUCGUUUGCCGGCUCCAGCCAGGACCUUAGCACCUCUGCAUGAUGCUCAGAUUUUAAAUAGAACAGUAACAUCAAAACCACAGCCAGAGAAUGACUCCACUUGCUGCUCUAAGAACCAGGGUUCAGAACCUUCUGGAGUUCCAUCUUCAGCUUGUGAGGUAGAGUCAAAAAAAGACCAAAGGGUGAUCUUCAUUUCUAAAUCUGGAUAUUCUGUACCCUCAUCCAUGGCAGCCAAUGCUGAUGUUAAGCAAGUAAUAAUGUAUUGCAAGGAGAAGCUCAUCCAAGGAGACUUAGAAUUUUCCUUUGAAGAACUGAGAGCUCAGAAAUAUAGUCAACGGAGAAAGCAUGAACAAUGGGUAAAUGAAGACAAACAAUACAUGAAAAAGAAAGAAGCCAAUGCAUUUGAAGAACAGCUACUUAAACAAAAAUUGGAUGAGCUUCAUAAGAAUUUGCUUCUGGUAGUUGAGCCAUCCAGUGAAAACCUGGUCAGGAAACCUCUCCAGGAUAUGACUAAGGUUCAUCCAGUACGUCUGGGAUCGGGUGUUGGCUCCCAGCAGGAACCAAGAAUUCCACCUCUUCCAGUCUUAAGUCAGCAAACGGCCAACAUCAUGGGAGAGAAACCUCAAGAACAAACUUCUGUUCUUCCUCUUCACUUAAAUGCUGUCACCCCUGGUGUCUCACAGAGUAUAGAUCCUCCUGUCCCUUUGACCUCUCAGUACAUGCCAGAGCCCGCAUUUGUAGGGACCAGCAAAGAUGGCAGAUCUAUGAAUGAAAGGACUCGAGAAUUUAAGCCACAGAACAGAGCAGAGGUAAAAGAAGGCUGUGAAGCACACAAGGUUGUCAAUACAAGUUCUUUUCAUGAAACUCCAAACACAUCGCUAGGGACAGUCCAAGCCACACCCUCUAAAGUGCAGCCCUCACCUACUGUGCACACAAAGGAAGCACUAGGUUUCAUCAUGGAUAUGUUUCAGGCACCUACACUGCCUAAUAUUUCUCAUGAUAAAGAUAAAUGGCCAGCUCUAGAUGAAAGUGAAGAUGCAUUUGAAGCCCAGUUCCAAAAAAAUGCAAGGUCUUCUGGGACUUGGGGAGUCAAUAAGAUGAUCUCUUCCAUGUCAGCAGCUUUUCCUGUGUUUGAAGAUGGAAACAAAGAAAAUUAUGGGUUACCACAACCUAAAAAUAAACCCCCAGGAACCAGGACCUUUGGCGAACGCUCUGUAAGUGGAUUCCCUUCAAAGCCAAAUGACAUACUUCAUACUGCAGAGUUUUCAGAUGAUUCAACAGUUUGGGGUAUCCCCUGCAACAAGACCCUAGCCCCGUGCCCAAAGAAUGUGGGAGACUUUACCUCUGCUGCCCAGCUUGCAUCUACACCUUUCCACAAACCCUCUUAUUUGGUGCAGGCUCUGGAAGAUAAAGAAAAUGUGACAGCAGAACAGGGUACCCAUCUGGCUUUGGACACUUGUAAGAAAAACGUAGCAAAAGCCUCAAAAGACAAAAAGUUCAGUCCAGUUCAGUUGGAAACCCCAGAGCCAGAAAUCUCUGCAAGCAUACCCUCUGUAACUGCUUUGCUGUGUGGCCAGGACCAUCCUGCCCCAGGCAGGCUGCUAACCAGUGAUGCCGAACGGGGCCUGAAGGCUUGUAUGCUCAUUGACAAGGACUGCACCACUGCAGAGAAACCUCCAGAGACCAGCAUAGGGCUCCCAGCAGAACGGAUGAAACCAAGGGGUUCACUUGGGAUCAUCAGUGCAACAAAUUUCACGGUUGAGAAUCCAUGGGAUGAUAAAUUGAUUCUCAGACUUCUGUCUGGACUGUCUAAACCAGUGAGUUCCUAUCCAGAUACUUUUGAAUGGCAAUGCAAGCUUCCAGUUAUCAGGCCCAAGACUGAAUUACAGUUGGGUCCCUUGUUGCUCUAUGUUGACUCUCUACUUGGAGAAGGGGCCUUCGCCCAAGUCUAUGAAGUUAUCCAUGGAGAUGUGAAUGACAACAGAAACAAGCAGAAGUUUGUCUUAAAGGUCCAAAAGCCUGCCAACCGUUGGGAAUUUUACAUUGGAGCACAGCUGAUGGAGAGACUGAAGCCAAGUAUGCAGCACAUGUUUAUCAAGUUUUAUGCAGGCCACUUCUUCCAGGGUGGCAGUAUAUUGAUGGGAGAGCUCUACAGUUACGGGACCUUACUAAAUGCCAUUAACCUCUACAAGACCACCCCUGAAAAAGUGAUGCCUCAAGCAUUAGUGCUCGCUUUUGCUAUGAGGAUGCUUACCAUGAUAGAGCAAGUUCAUGGCUGCCAGAUCAUUCAUGGAGACAUCAAGCCAGACAACUUUAUACUUGGAAACAGAUUUUUGGAACAGGACCGCGAAGGUGAUGAUUUUUCUGAUGGUUUGGCACUGAUUGACCUGGGCCAGAGUAUAGAUAUGAGACUCUUCCCCACGGGAACUGUAUUUACAGCCAAGUGUGAGACAUCUUGUUUUCAGUGUACUGAGAUGCUCAGCAACAAACCAUGGAACUAUCAGAUUGAUUAUUUUGGAGUUGCAGCAACUGUGUACUGCAUGCUUUUUGGCACUUACAUGAAGGUGAAAAAUGAAAAAGGAGUUUGGAAGCCUGAAAGUCUUUUCAAGAGACUUCCUCAUUUGGAUAUGUGGAGUGAGUUCUUUCACAUCAUGUUGAAUAUACCAGAUUGUGAUCAUCUUCCAUCUUUGGAUCUGCUCAGGCAAAAGCUAAAGGAAACAUUUCAACAACACUAUGCUAACAAGAUUAAGACCACACGGAACAGGCUCAUUGUACUUCUUCUAGAAAAUAAGCGUUCUCGGAAAUAAAACAUGGACGCUCCUUAAAACU